AUGCCAUCGCAAAAGGAUCGUCUGUACGUGGCGUUGUACGCCCGAGGUGGAAAAGCGCAGAUGCCAGGCUUGGAGGAUACCUAUCACUGGGCGCUCAUCAUGGGUCCCAAAGAGGAGAAUAAAGAUUCCAAGGGAGAUCGUUUCCAUGCAAAAGUAGUUGUAGCAACGGUCGAUGGAACUUCGCAGUCUGUCUGGAUGUAUGAAGAGCGGAGAACGGAAUUAUUGCCAUCAGCCAUGAUUCUUGUCCGAGUCAUAAUAGGUAAGAUCGAAGACAAGAAGCGAAUCAAGGUCCUGCUUCGUGGAGUUCCAAUCCGAGGCGACCAGCCGGGAUGGAACUGUGUCGCUUGGGUCAAGGAAGCGUUGGAGGUUUUGCAACGAGAUGGGAAGGUUCUGGGUACUUCCAUCACAUCCUGGGAACUGGUUCGGGACGCAGCGAUGCGAUAUGUCGAUCGCWAGAAGGGAGAACAUCGGUUCGAUGGUCAAGGUGACUUUGACAUUUCUCGAGUUCCUACUUGGGACUUGUUGGAGAACAAGGAAGUAAUUGGCUGA